ACCGCACGCGCCCAGAACUGCUUCCCGAGGACAUGCAGCGGCGAUUCGUGCAGGAGGUGGUCCAGGCCCAGCAGAGUGCCAUCUGCCGGCAGCUCGAGGACUUCCGGUCCAAGCGGCUCAUGGGCAUGACUCCUGGGGAGCCGGAGCUGUCCCAGCUGGAAGCCUGGGCGGCCCGGGACCGGGUCAGCUUCGAGGGCCGAGAGCGCCUUGUGGCCGAGAGGCUCCUGACCCGCCUGGAGGACAUUCACCCGACCAUCUCCACAGAUGAGGAAAAGAGUAUGGCCAUCGUGAGCGCCAUCAGCUCCUACAUGCGAUUCCUCGGCGUCCGAACCAAGGGCAGCGACAAGAAGGCCCGGGGGAACUUCUUCCGCAAAAAGAUGUCUGGGAACCGCCGGGCAGACGAUGCCCCCAAGUCCAAGAAAGGCCUCAGCAGCAUCCUCGACGCAGCUCGAUGGAACAGGGGGGAGGCACAAGCUCCUGACUUCCGACACCCUAAAGCUGAGAGUGAUGGUGAGAAGUCGGGGCUCCCCGAGCGGAAGACCAUCCACGUGACCCCCCCAAGGGGGGUCGUCGGGCCCCCCGGGUUGGAUGCUCCUGGUGUCACUGUGCAUCCCCCUCCAGGUGAAAGCCCAGACAAGGAGCCAGGUACUGACCCACCCCAAGAAGUGGGGGACCCGCCACCCCAAGGCCCAUCAAGCUCUGAGACCCCUGUCCUCCCAGAGAGCAACCCAGAGGAUGGGGGUGACACUGAGAGAAAGUGGAAGAGACUAUCUGGGCGAUUGGGGCGCUCCGAGAGCCUUCGGGUGACUGACCGGCGCCGGCCUUCCCGAGGCAGCCUCGGGGCCAAGGGCCGAGCAGGGGGCCGCUCCCGAAGUGACGUGGACACAGACCCUGGCUCUGCCACGGCGGCCCUUGGCUCCGCCCGACGUGUCACCCCAGAGCCAGGCGAUGAUGGGGAGCCAGGCCGUGCAGGGCUCGAGCUAGAACCUGAGGAGCCCCUGAGCUGGCGGGAGCUGGUCCCCCCUGACACCUUGAAUGGGAUGCAGAAGAAUCAGGUGAAGCGGCAGGAGGUGAUCAGUGAGCUGCUGGUGACAGAGGCUGCCCAUGUGAGGAUGCUUCGGGUCCUGCAUGACCUCUUCUACCAGCCCAUGGCUGACGGGGGCUUCUUUACCAUGGAUGAACUACAAAACAUCUUCCCCAGCUUGGAUGAGCUGAUCGACGUGCACUCUCUGUUCCUGGAGAGUCUGAUGAAGCUACGGCAGGAGAGUGGUCACCUCAUCGAGGACAUUGGGGACGUGCUGCUAGCCAGGUUCCAUGGCCCUGAGGGCGCCUGGUUCCAGAAGAUAUCUUCUCGCUUCUGUAGCCGCCAGUCUUUUGCUCUGGAGCAACUCAAGGCCAAACAGCGCAAAGACCCUCGAUUCUGUGCUUUUGUGCAGGAAGCAGAGAGCAGGCCUCUAUGCCGGCGGCUCCAGCUCAAAGACAUGAUCCCCACUGAGAUGCAGCGACUCACAAAGUACCCUCUGCUCCUGCAGAGCAUCUGGCAGAACACAGAGGAAGAAGAGGAGAAGAAGAAGGUGGAUCGGGCAGCUGAGUGCUGUAAAGAGAUUCUGCAUCACGUGAAUCAGUCUGUGAGGGACAUGGAGGACCUCUUGCGGCUCAAGGACUAUCAGCGCCGGCUGGACCUGUCCCAUCUCCGGCAGAGCAAUGACCCCAUGCUGAGUGAAUUCAAGAACCUGGACAUCACCAAGAAGAAGCUGGUACACGAAGGGACCCUGACUUGGAGAGUGACCAAGGACAAGGCUGUGGAGGUGCACGUGCUCCUGCUGGACGACCUCCUGCUCCUGCUGCAGCGGCAGGAUGAGCGGCUGACGCUCAAGUCUCACAGCCGGACGCUGACCCCGACCCCCGACGGCAAGACCAUGCUGCGGCCUGUGCUGAGGCUCACCUCUGCCAUGACCCGGGAGGUGGCUACUGACCACCGAGCCUUCUACGUCAUCUUUACCUGGGACCAGGAGGCCCACAUCUACGAGCUGGUGGCCCAGACUGUGUCCGAGAGAAAGAACUGGUGCACCCUCAUCACUGACACGGCUGGCUCUCUGAAGGUCCCGGCCCCUCUCGGGCGGCCCAAGUCCCGGCCCAGCCCCACCAG